GAAAAUCUAUCCCUUCACCUCUCUACCUUUGUAAACAGUUUGGAGGGAUUACAUUCUGCAACUCUCCAUCCUUCGUAUUUUCCAUCCAUCCAUAAAAAUAGAGAAGAAAAAAAAACACACACACACGCACAUUCUCUCCUCUGUUCUCUUCGCCCCGCUCGCGAUUGAAGAAAUUUUCUUCCACUAUAUUGGUAUUGGCGGUCAAUCACUUCCAAUCAGCCACCGCACUCUACACCUCCUCCCAACCUAACGCAAUCUAAUUUUCAACUGGACUUUGUUGACCCCUUUUUUCACAAUUAACUCCCAAGUAAGAAUUUCAGGCAAGUGAGAGUUGGAGAUCCUACAAUCCAAGUUGGGUUGCUUCUUUCACCACUGAAUCUGAUGGAGUUAGAAUCGAGUGCAAAGGAAGAAGAAAAUGUGAUAAUUGAAAGUUACAAUAGUCAAAGUAUGAAGACGGCAAGGUUGAUGUCAUCACUAACACUGGCUGCUCUUCUGGAAGAUCCAAUUCUGGCUGAUGUCUCCAAUAACCCGACUUUAUUGGAAGUAGAUACCCUCAUAAGCCUCGAGUUGGGUAGUGCCAUGCGGAUCACCAUCCUCAAGCUUGAUGACACUUCUUUUGAUGUGGCAGUGAUGAAUUCUGCUACUGUCAAGGAUCUUAAGCUUGCAAUCAAGCAAAAUGUAAAUGAGGUGGAGCAAUCCAAUAUGGGACAUCGUCAUAUUUCAUGGAAGCAUGUAUGGGGGAAUUCUUGCCUAUCAUACCAGAACGAGAAGCUACUAGAUGACAAGGCCAAACUUCAAGAUUUUGGCAUACGGAACAACUCAAAGGUACAGUUUGUCCCUUACGUAGUGUCAAAGAAUACGCGACGACAUUCAAAGAGAAAGAAACACCGUUUCUUUCAUGGCCUUAACAAGCGUGCUAUCGGUAAAUCCUAGUGUUGAAUGUUCAGUAUAUUUCUAUUAUGGAAAACUUGUGAUACCCCUGCAAUGGUAGUUUGAUUUUUUUGUAUAUGUAUGUGUUAUUGUUUGAUGAGACUGCUAUUGCUUAUAAAUCUUGUCCAAAUGUUUGUCAUGUGUAGUUAGUUUAGUGAUACUUUGAAUAGUUGAGAAUUGAGGUGCCAGGUGAUUGAAGAAUGUUGUCAUUGUCUAUACUAUAAAAUACCCAACUAGCUUUAGAAGA